AUGAGGAGCGAGGCGCGCCCGACGGAGGAGGAAGAGAUCGAGAGAAAGAAAGGGACCAAAGAAGAGAGGAAGGGAAGAUGAGCAACGCAGCUAGCACAACCCCCCUCCUCGCCCACUACAAGAUGGGGAAAUUUGAUCUUUCUCACAGGGUGGUUCUUGCGCCGCUCACAAGGGAGCGGUCGUUCGGAAACGUUCCUCAGCCCCAUGCCAUACUGUAUUAUCAGCAGAGAGCAACCAAAGGAGGCCUUUUGAUUGCUGAGGCCACCGGAGUUUCAGACACUGCUCAAGGGUACAAAGAUACUCCUGGCAUCUGGACCAAGAAGCAGGUAGAAGCAUGGAAGCCGAUCGUCGAUGGGGUUCAUGCCAAAGGAGGAAUAUUUUUCUGUCAGGUUUGGCAUGUAGGAAGAGUCUCCAAUCAUACUUUUCAGCCUAAUGGGCAGGCUCCAAUUUCAAGCACCGAUAAGCCAAUCAAACCUGCAACGAGAGCCGAUGGCAUUGGAUUGGCUAAAGUCUCAACUCCUAGGCGACUAACGACUGAUGAAAUCCCGUUGGUCAUCGAUGAUUUCAGGGUCGCUGCUAGAAAUGCAAUUGAAGCCGGAUUUGAUGGCGUCGAAAUCCACGGAGCUCAUGGUUAUUUGAUCGACCAGUUCCUGAAGGACCAAGUCAACGAUCGCACCGACAAAUACGGUGGGAGCUUAGAGAACCGUUGCCGCUUUGCGCUAGAAGUAGUCCAGGCCGUAGCUGAUGAGAUUGGAGCUGAUAAGAUCGGCAUAAGGCUUUCACCCUUUGCAAGUUACUCGGAUGCAUCAGACUCAAACCCAGAAGCUCUGGGCCUAUACAUGGCACAGGCGCUGAACAAGCUUGGGAUCCUCUACUGCCACAUGGUGGAACCACGGAUGGUGAAUAUUGGAGAAAAGCUUGAGACCCCGCACAGCCUUCGCGCCAUGAGGGAUGCUUUCAAGGGAACAUUCAUCGUGGCUGGUGGAUAUGGUAGGGAUGAUGGAGAUAAAGCGAUCGCCGAUGGCUAUGCUGAUUUGGUUGCAUAUGGGCGCUUGUUUCUGUCCAAUCCAGACUUGCCCCGGAGGUUUGAGAUAGAUGGUCCUCUCAACAAGUACAAUAGAGAUACUUUCUACCUCUCUGAUCCAGUUAUUGGAUACACUGACUACCCAUUUCUACCGUCCGAUAUCUGAACGGACCUUUCAUGAAUGAAUCCCUCCUUCCUCUCGUCCGAUCAUUUACCUUACGUAUCAGAACUAUGUUAAAGGAAUAAGGUCAUUGAUUUCUUCUCA